UGCAGGUGCAUUUUUGCAGGGGAAUGUCGGUCGUGGAGCAGGUUGUUGUGUUGAUGCAGUUGCCCAUAUCAACAGCGGCAUAGUUCAACCCGAUUGAAGAAACUCAUCAAUGCAUUCAUUGAGAAUAACACUACACGAAGUAGUGUCACGUUAAACUGAACACUUUUUAUCAAGAUAACUACCACAUCCGAAGCUGUAUAUUCUGCUGUCCGAUUUAGAUUGGAAAGGCGUGAAAUAUGUCAUAUUUAUACGGGAGGCAGUCUCCGAGUAAUGGGCUGCCGAGAAUUUCAUCCGCAGGCCGGGCCGCGGCCAGCGAUCGCGGUCUACUCCUUCUCGAGGAGGAAAUCGAAAGGCUCAGGCAUAACAGAUCAGCACCCCCCGUGGGAUCUACGCAAGGUGGAUACUCACCAUCACCCCCACAGUCCAAGAAAUUACUGCAAGAAUUGAAUGACCAAGUCAAGCUGAUGAGGAGUGAAUUGGACAAGAAAGACAAACUCAUCCAGGAGCUAUCAAGAACUGAGCUGGGAACACUGGGCCAUAAGAAGAGGGUUUCAUUUGAUGAAAAGCUUGACGCAUUCUACCCAAGGGAGUCCAUUUUGAAAUCGUCUCUGGAUUCAACGAGUUUGGCUAAGCUUCAACUUAGGAAUGAGCAACUUGCUGAUGAAUUGAGAGACACUGAAAGCAAGGUCCUGGCUCGGGAGCUGCAGAUCAAGGAACUGAAGGCCGAGAUUGACCGACUGAACCAGGAGAGCGCCAGCCAGUCCUCCCUUGUGCUGUCGCUGAAAGCCCGCAUCGGAGAGCUGCAGGACUCCUCCAGCAGUGUAGAGGAGUCACAGGCCCGUGGCCAGUACACCAUCCAGACACUGCAGGCUGAGGCCAAGGAGCGACAGGCCAAGGUGCUUGAGCUAGAGGGCCGGGCGCGGGAGCUGCUGACAGAGCGGGAGGAGGCUGAGAGAAGGGCUCAGGCCUGGGAGAGGAAGUGGCAUGAUGUGUUCCUGGACCUGCAAGGGGUGAUCGAUGGGAAGGGCCACACACCUGAGACGAUCGUCAAGAAGGUGACAGAUGUUAUCCAGGAGAACCUUACCCUGCGGGGCAAGGUGUCAUCGCUGGAGGACAGCCUGCACAGCAGUGAGCUGGAGUCCAAGGCCAGCCGGGAGACCAUCCAGCGUCUGGUGGCCGAGAUGAACAGGGACCAGCGCAACAGCAUGGACACGACCAACAUGUUGGAGAAACUCAGGCUGGAGAGGGAUGCAGCACUACAAAUUCGCAAUGAGCUGGAACGUGAGAACGCCCUGCUGAAAGAUCGAGUGGAUGCCAGCCAGCGUGCCUGGAGUAGCCACAAGCAGGAGCUGGACCAGCAGGAGAACAGGAUGUCCACCCUGGGCCGGGAGGCCAAGACCCUGAAGUAUGAGGCCGAGGUGGCUCGAUCGGAGCUCAGGGCCCUCAAGGAGUCGCUGGCACUGCUGCUGUCACGGGAGGGCAACCGGUGUGAGGCAAAGGAGGAUGCCAUCAAGGAGCGGGUCAAGCAUCUGCAGGUAGACAGCAGAGAACACGCUACGCACGUUGACCUUCUGGAGGGCAAGAUCAAAAGCCUUACAGAGCAGCUUGACAGCCAGGCCCACCUGCACCAGGCAGCCAUGAAGCGGGCCAAGGAAGCACAAGAGGACUAUGGUGAUCAGAAGACCCGCAUCAAGCAGCUGGAGGACAGCCUGUCAGCCGACGCAGUGCUGCUGGAGAACCUGCGCGGAGAGCGACGGAAGUACAUGGCUUUCUUAGAGUCGCUGGCCUCCGUGCUGAAGCUUGACUCCAUCGCCCUGGACCUUGGCUUUGAUAUGAAUGGCGAGGCCAUCAUGGCCCGGGCCAAGCAGCUGAUGCGGCAGGAGGGCGAGAGCCUGGCCGACAAGACCACCCACGUCUACUCACUGCAGCGCAAGCUGAAGUCCAACAAGGAGCAGUUGGAGAGCAAGGACCUGCACCUGGACCUCCUACGCAAAAAGAUCACGCAGCUGGAGGAGGCGCUGGCCGGCCGCUCCUCCCUGCAGAAGGAGCGGGACGAGACAGAGGUGGGCCGCCGCAAGCUGGUCAAGGAGGUGGAGCGGCUGAAAGGGGAGCUGAGCACUGCCAAGAGGCUCAUCAUCGACAUGAAGGCCCAGAUGUUGGAUGUCAGCAACCUCAAGUUGACGUCAAUGCAUCAGUACAAUAGCAUCACAGAUCUGGAGCAGGCCCUGGAAAAGUUGGAGAAGACGAAAGAGAAGCAGGCACGGAAGAUCGCUGGUAUGAAACAGGAGCUGGAGUUCACAGAGCAUGAGGCUACCGAGCUGCAAAGCCGGGCUGAGCAGUCAGUCAAGGCCCUGAGUGAGGACCUGCAGGCCACCAAGGCCCUGCUGCUGGAGGUCCAGCGGCGGGAGCGCCAGCUGCUGGACUUCCGGCAGGUCAUCGCCCGCAUGCUAGGCAUGGACGUCACCACGCUGGCCGUGCCUGACUAUGAGAUCAUCUCCCGGCUGGAAAAGCUGAUUCAGGCCCACCACUCCCACGCCAUCACGGCGUUCGGCCUGGACCAGAGCCUGCAGAACAUGGAGAAGGGUUUCCGGCAGGGGUAUGAGGAGGCUACGGCACUGAUUGGGAGACAACCACACCAGCCACGGGCAAGGUCGGUCUCCCCAGCACGGCGCAGGAAGUACCAUGCUGAAGUCUACUAAAACAAAGAAGAUUCCUGUCACAAUGUACUGAAAUAAUGAGAACAAUAUAUGUCAGAGAAAGCUGCAGAACAAAACAGUCAUUUUAUUGCUGAUUAAAAGUGAACUGUACGCAAGCCCACACUUGUGACAAAACAGUUUAUUCCUGGCAUUAAAAUAUACAUGUGCGUGAGUCGUUAACUUUAAUUAUCAUUCAGGUAAUGCAGUGUUUAACAAACUCAUAUUUUUAUUUAGACUUCUCAAACACAGGGUGACUCAAUAUUUUGGUUGAAUCUAGAGUUUGAUUGUUUUAAUUAGAUCCAUCUUUGAGUUUCCUAAACUUUCUUUUCAAGAAAAGAGCCAAUCAGAGGAUAGAAUCCAGUCGGAUAUUAUGUACUGCUUAUGACAUGUAUGUGCUGGGGAUGGAGCAAAAAAUAAUAAAUAACUUCAAAGAUACUUCAUGUAUUUCAGUUUUUCUCCAGUUCAUUAGGUGGGACCAUUCAGCUACUGAUGGUACAAAAAAAGUAUUCAGUUAUUUGUAAAUUAUUCAUCUUUACAUUCCUUGAGAUCUUUAAAUCCCUCUGUAAGAUGUAUGUCACACUGUCUGUAAAAUAACAUGUAUAAAGGAACUGUGAUAAUUUAGUAUAUGUGCAAAAAGUAUGAUUGUUAUUGAAGAAAUUAAAAAUUAUUAGAGUAUAAACAGGUGUUUUGUCCCUGUCACACUUGGUACAGAAGUAGAAAAAAUGCAUAACUUCAAAGUUUUUAUGUGUAAAAAAUUGUCUGAAGUCAAAUAACUCAGGAGUUUUUAUUUCCCUCUGUAUAACAAAUAAAAAAAAUUAAAAGAUAUUAUGUACUGUUAUGUAGAGGUUUAAUUAAACAGUUCCAUCAAACUAGCUCAAACCCAGUUAUUCUUUGUGUAAGGUAGAACAGUGACGAUGUGAUUCAAAUGGAGGUGUCCUUUUUAAUGUAAUGUGACUUUUUGUGUGUACAUGUAUAGAUUCUUCAGACCAAAAGUGACAGUCAUUUACUAUUAUGAAGAAAGUGCUUAAAAUGUACAUAAUUCUAGCUAGGAAGGCCAAUAAAUGAAGAGCGAUAAGGUA